AAGAACUGGAAGAAUUUUCCCCAUAGUGUUGCUGCUAGGCUGCGAUGAGCGAUCGGUUUGUAAAACCAGGUAAUCAGCAGCACGGAUGGAACGACCCACCGCAGUUUUCAUAUGGCUUACAGAAGGAUUCAGGUGGACUAAAGCGAAAUAUUCUCAACAAGAGAGUGCAUGCGCUGCAAUUCACAGAUUCUGGAUCAGAGAUGCAGUCCCCACCAGUGACGAGGCUAACGCCGCCCCGGGGAAUGAAUCCUCUGAUGGACAGCAGCACCCCACCGUCCGUAUGUCCAAAAACUCCCUCCGGUGGAAAGAUGGAGGUGGUAGAGACAGAGCCAUCCAUUGAAGAUGUGCAAGAACCACUCCAUGGGGCGUUGAAUGCAUGCAGACAUACUGUAAAGAAACAAAUUUGUGAUGAUGUGGAAAGACGUCUGAAGCUUUCUUAGGACAUGUGGAGAAGUGGAAAUCUUUCACCUUUGGUCAAACACAGGAUGCAUAGAUUGUCCCAAGACCUGAAAAGAAAAAACUGGGAUGCAGUUGAUGAGAUCCACAGAGGCCUGAUGGUGGAUCAUGUUGCUGAAGUCAGUCAGUGGAUGGUGGGAGUCAAGCGUCUCAUUGCUGAAGCUCGGAGCCUGAACCCAGAACAAAUCAACAACUGCACCGAUCCAUGCUCAUGAGAUCUGUGUGAUGUCCAUUCCUUUGAAAACCCAUGUUGCUUUAUAUAAGUUGCCAAAGUGAUGUAUUAACUUAUGUUAAGUUUUGAAUAAUCCACCUUUAAAAAUGUACCCAUUCUCAUCAACAUCCUCUAAUAUUACUUCUUUUUUGUAGGGUGGUGCUGGGGAAGAGUGUUUCAUUAUUUUUCAUCCUGAUAGAUUGAAAAUAAUGUAGGUAUUAAGUAUUACUACUGUAUAUAAAAAUCUGCUUUUAAAAAGGAGGUAAUUGUCAAUUACUUCAGCCAAUUUAGCGCACACACACACACAC